AUGGCAAAUGGAAAUACCAACGGUCCUAUGGAUGAGGAUCAUGAUGAUACAUCUUAUCCAUGGCCUCCGAUAGCAAAAAGGAUACUUUUUGAGAAAAAAGUAAUUAAUGCAACAGCUGGGAAUUUAUUUGGGGCAGUUUUAAGGCCAGUUUGUAUUUAUGGAAAUAGCUAUGUCCACAAUUAUAUUGUGGCUUGCAAAAAUAGCAAUAAGAUUGUGGCAGGCAAAGCGAAUAAUGCUAAUUGUUUUGUCAACAGAGAAGAUCUUGCAGAUAUGUUCAGAAUUGUUAUGGAAAAUAGAGCAUGUGGGCUAUUUCUAGCUAGUGAGCCAGAGCCAGUGUAUAUUGAUGAUUUGGUUGAAAAGUUGUCACAAGUCCUUGGCAUUCAAAAUAUUGAAAGAGUUGAGGAUAUUUCUCCAUACAUGAGCGCUUAUGGCGCUUAUCUUUUUGGGCAAACAUUUAAUCAGAUAUAUGUUCCAAAGAGAUUAAAAGACCUUUAUGGGUACACAGCUAGACAUAAAUUCUUGGAUUGGCUUGAAACCCAGCACUUUUAA